GGGGUAGUCAGUCACAUGUGGGUGAGAAGCAGGGAUGAAGUGAGCAGGUGAAGACACGUCCAAUGAGUUGUACCUGACUUGCGCCAUGGACAGCCAUACACGGCUGCGUUCGGGUUCCCUGAGACAGGAGUGUUAUAGGAAUAUUUGUGCGACGUCACUGAGGGCUGAGCCAAUGGGACGCCCGUGUUGUGUUGUGGUGGCGGGUGAGGACCAUGACGUCACUGCCACCACGACCAAUGAUAUUCGAAGGUGGCAACGGACUGUGAAUCUGUGAUGGACGCGGGUGUCCCUGGGAACCAUGCCGAGUGCCAGCCGAGUGGGUGUCAACCUCCGCGCCUCAGCGUAUUUACACCAAGGUGACAGGAAGUAUAUGGAAGAUGAGUUCCAGGUGGCCUAUCAGAGGACCCACGACAAGAAGGAUAUUGAGUAUGCCUUCUUCGGAAUCUUCGAUGGCCACGGCGGGAAGGAGGCCGCGCACUUUGCAAAGGAUAAUCUGAUGGACAAUAUUGUGAGCCUACGUGCAUUUUGGUCUGACGAUGACGAGGACGUGCUUGCAGCCAUCAAGGAAGGCUUCCUGCAGACCCAUAUGGCCAUGUGGAAGGUUCUGGAUCAGUGGCCUAGAACAGCAUCUGGAUGGCCCAGCACCAGUGGCACAACUGCCAGUGUGGCCUUUAUUCGUCGUCAGAAGAUCUACAUUGGUCAUGUUGGUGACUCUGGGAUAGUGCUUGGCUAUGAAGAUCAAGGUGGUGGUGAGUGGCAUGGAGAGCCACUCACUAGAGACCACAAACCUGAGAGUGUGGUUGAGAAGGCACGCAUCACAGAAUGUGGAGGCAAGGUCAUCAACAAGUCUGGUGUGCCACGAGUGGUAUGGAAUAGACCAAAGUCAGGGCACCAAGGUCCUGUUCGGAGAUCCACACCUAUGGAUGAAAUACCUUUCCUCGCUGUAGCUCGUUCCUUGGGAGAUCUUUGGAGCUAUAAUGCCACCAAUGAUCAGUUCGUGGUGUCCCCGGAACCUGAUGUUUAUGUGAUGCCCAUUGACAUCAGCCGGCAUCGAUGUCUCAUCUUUGGCACAGAUGGACUGUGGAAUGUACUGACACCAGAUGCUGCUGUCAGUGUGGCACAUCAAGCAGAACGUAAUAAUGAGAAGCAUUACCUUGGUGUUCCCAACUCAAGUGGCAAGCAACGACUUUGGGUAAACCCUUCAAGGUCAGUGGUGUCUGGGGCCCUGGGUCGCUACCUCAAGUUAAACCUUCGUGCAGAUAAUACCAGUGCUGUCACAGUUUUUCUUGAUCCCCCGGGACGACCAAAAAGAGAGGUACUGCUGCAGCAGAAGGGGAUGAAGAAAGGAUCACCAGUUAAGCCCACCAUCAAAACACCUGAGGAUGCCUUGGUUCAGGUUCACAUGUACAACCAAAACCAGGCCACUAAACAAGAGGGUACCCGGAGUGUGUUACGUAUCAAGGAGUGCCAGCCACAGAAAUGGCAGACGAGUCCCCAGGAUGAUGCGUCAAGACUAGCUUUAACCCCUCCAGAAUGCAGUGAUCAGGGCAUGACCAGAUUAGGAUGUUCAGAGUGUGGUUAUGGCAGUGCACAUUCAGUUCCUAGCACUUCAGGGACGGGACCCCAGAUCUUUGUAGUGAGAGUGCAGACUCAAGGUUGGUUGCUCCUGUUCCAAAUGAUAUUAGAUCAGUCAGACACAAGAAGAGCAAUGAAACCAUUGAGGAAUGAUAUUCAAAUCCCAGUAAUAUCUAGCAGCACCAUUAGUCCUGGAAAUAAAUUAAGUGGUAAAGUUAAGGGGCUGCCAACAGUAGCUCCUCAAGAGAAGGGGGAAGCCAGAAGGAGAACAAGGUCAAAUGUACAUCAAACAGGUCAUGUGGCAGAGAGUGAGAACAUGGAACAGAAUCCAAGACCUCCAAAUAAUAACAAUGAGUGGACUGACCAGCAUGGGGAGGAGAAGGCUGGCACUAGCUCUAAAGGAAGGAACGCAAAAGGGAGUACUACUUUGUUAUCUGCAAAUCGUGUUUUGAAAUCUGUGAACCGUGGCACCCCUGAAGUAGUGAGUCGAACCUCUGCAAAGACAGUAAUAGCCUCUAAGCGCAAGAGAAACUCGGAUUUGGAGGCUGUGCCAGUUGGAGAACCAAUGUCAAAGUCUGCUAGAGUCCACACUAGGUCUCACACUUGGAGUUACAAGUCCAUGAUUACCAGAAGUCAAGAAAAGACUCAUAACACUCCAACUAGAACCUUUACACCACAUAAGAAGUGAGAUUUUCCACAAAAUUUACUUGAGAAUUCUCCUAUAUUUUCUCUAAAAAAGCUAUUGAUCUCAUAAAAUGGAAAAUGGUGCAGUGGAGUACAAUUUUUGUGAGGUGCUAAACUGUUGCCUGAUCUAAAAUAAUGACUAAUGAGACUUGAUCAUUAUGUUUUGUUACAUUUUUUUUAUUGGGAGAAUGGUUUGCAUAGAGUGCUGGCCAGUUUGCAGGACUUAACAUCUCUUACAUUCAUACUUACGGUGAAGUUUUCCUGGAGUGGUUGUGGAGUGCCUUGAUGGAGGAGCCAGUGUGAGUGUGAAUAGUACAAGUUCUUAUAGCAGAGUUGGAUCAACCUGUUGUUACUUUCUAAUGAACACAACUCUAGAGAGUGUAGAAUUAUUUUUAUAUGUACAGUAGUUUCACUGAAAUCAAUAAUCAGUUUUAAUCUAAAUAUUGUAAGUGUCUAAUUUUGUGCUUAAAAUUUUCCGAAGGAAAUAUUUUAGGAACAGUUAUAUUUGAUUUUUAGUCCUUGAAGUGUUAUGCCCAGUGGUUAUAAAUCAUCUUUCAUUUUAUAUUCCAGGCCAAUGUUUUUUGAAAAGGGUAUAAAUCAUACAGUACAUUUA